AUGGCUCCAAAAAAGAAGCCAAAGAGAAGGAGAUGCUCCUACUGCAAUCUACUAGGUCACUACACGGAGGACUGCCACCAGGGAGCAGACCGCGACGUGGCUGCAAUGAGCUCUGAUUCCGCGACUGCAACGUCUCCGACUUCACAGAUCUCUGAGAGCCCGUCAAGAGAUGGCCCGACGUCUGGCCAGUGCAUGAUGAUGAACACCUCAGCGCAUGGCAAGGCAGGCUGCUCUUCACAUGAGGAAGACGUGGCUGUGCCCUCAACCUCGGCAACCUCUGCAGCGGGUGAUCGCGCGCAUGGACAGCGUGCAUCGUCCCGGAACACUGUUUAUCAUGAGACAGGCUACCCAUCCCGAGGCGUUGACGUGUCGUACGCGGAUACUGCUGGCACUUUAUGCGCUAGAAGUACACAUCUGUCUUUGAGUCCUCCGAAGAAGCGACUGAAGAGAGGUCAUCCAGAGUUUGCAACUGUUAGUGUACCAGUAACGGCAACUACCGCGGAUGACUCUGUGUCUGGACAGCGUGCUACGGGCCGCGCUUCCGUUCGUACCGAGGCAGGCUGCUCAUCUCGGGAAGUUGAUCCGUUGCCCGCAGAUUCUAUCGGACCUUCGGGCUCGACGAGUACAGAUCUGACUAUGAUGGGCCCAAAAAAGAAGCCAAGAAGGAAGCAGUGCCUCAGCUGCGGCCAAUUUGGUCACUACAUGCAGGACUGCCACCAGGGAGCAGACCAUGACGUGGCUGCAGUGAACUCUGAGUCAGCGCCUGGAACGCCUCAGACUUCACAGAUCUCUGAGAGCCCGUCAAGAGAUGGCCCAACGUCUGGCCAGUGCAUGACGAUGAACACCUCAGCGCAUGGCAAGGCAGGCUGCUCUUCACGUGAGGAAGACGUGGCUGUGCCCUCAACCUCGGCAGUGAGAGAUUUGCCAUUGAGUCCUCCGAAGAAGAGACUAAAGAGAGGGCAUCCAGAGUUUGCAAUUGUUAGUGUACCAGUAAUGGCGACGUCUGCAACGGGUACCCGCUCAAAAUCGCGCACAUCCGUUCACAUCAAGGAAGACUGCACAUCACAAGUUAUUGAUGCGUCGUCCACUGAUGUUGGCCCUUCAUGUUCGACAAGUUCAGAUCUUCCUUCAAAGCUUGUGGAAAUAUUGCCUCGAACAAUCAAAGAGAGUUAUAGGUUAUUAGUACCAAGAUUAAGUGUCGGCAUGGCAGCAGUCUGGCAGUGUCCUCCAAAAUGUGUUGAUGCGACUCAAGAAUUGCAUCAAUUCAAGACGGAUCUCCUGAAGCAUGCAGGCUUAUUGGCAUCAAAGUUGAAUGAAACCUGCUUCCCUUCCGUCAAGUGUCCGAUGGGUUGCAACACUUACAUCGAUGGAGAUGUUGGCAAAGAUGUCGAUUACCUGCCUCUUCAUCAUUAUUUGAGCUUACUAUGUCCCAAAUUUUCAUCAUUCAAAUCCGAUCCAAAUUUCUUCAGUGGUAAGCGUCCAGAUUGGCCAAGUCGGGGCAAGCACGAGGGGUUCAAAUAUGCUGCUACGUUAAUAGUUGACUCGAAGAAAGGACUCUGUAUUGUGACUUGCUCAAAGAAAAUUCAUGCAGAUGGCAGGAGUCUGUAUAUUCACGUACCCUGCAACCCGGUCCUCGGUAGCACUUCUGAGCUUCGUCCAGACCUCAUCGCUCCGUUAUCAGCUAAUCCACACUUCGUAAGAGCUGGCCGGACCAACGAAUUUAACACGAGCCACGCUGUUUUCCGGGAGUACGGCGAUAGUAGCGGCGCGUCGUCCUUCAGUCUAACCCCGAAGCCUUACGUUGGCGGGCCGUGCACUCUGCCGCAAAUAGAUUCCAUGGGUCUCACUUUUAAUCAAAGGCCUGAUAUUUAUCAGUCGUUAAUGGAAGGGGAAACCCUGCCUAAUAAUUUGCUGGAAGAGUUGAAGGAUUCUUAUGAUAAGCAGCCUUUAGAUGAAGAGACUAUACGUAAAGCGAGAGAAACGGGAACCUACGUCAACGUACACGACGCAUCCAAUAUGUUGAUGAAUUUCAACAGUCGUUUGGCUACUGGGCAUCGAGAAGAGACCCACCAGCAAUUGAAGGCCAAGGGGAAGGAGGUGCUGCAAAUUGCUCAUCCUGGCAAUAAUGUGGGGCGGUUGCCGUUCCGUGAUGUGCCGACCACUUACGUUGAUCCUCCGUUGAAUGGCGUUCCUUUACCCGUGCUGGAUGCUACCGACGACGAAGUGGUAGAUGCUGCUGGCAUGCACAUCUUGGAAGACCCCCCACCUCUAUUUCCAGAGGAAGUUGACGAUGUUGCAGAAAUUUACGCAACCCCUCUCGACAGUCUUGCUGGUCAUGACCCUAAUUAUCUCGCUUUCUGCUUUGAUGUCUAUUUGAACAGUCUUUUACAGAGUAACAGCGUUUCGGUCGCUUUACGAAAGGGUUUAGAGCAUGUGAACCGCGCGUACGUUGUUCCUGAACGUCAAGAAUGUUCCUUAAAAUUCGACGAGGCGGACAGUCGUCGAGAGGUUCAACGUUUGUCAGCAAUGAUGUCGGAAAAUCCAUGGGAUUUCUUCGUUACACUGACGUGCAAUGACAGCGGAACAAUGGGAGUAGCACCGUUAAGAAAAGCACUCGAGGAGAGGUACCACGGCAAAGAACUCGACAAGAAACUGCAGAAUGCGUGUCCACUCCUUUGUCGAGCGUGGGCUCGUUCCGUACGAUACUUAUUCGAAUUUCUCAUGCACGGCGAAGAAAAGAUUUUCGGUGAGUUGAAGAACGUGUGGUACCGGUUCGAGUUUCAGAACGCCGGUAGUCCUGGUAACAAGCCGCACGUUCACGCUGGGCUCACGCUCAAGGAUCGUUCUCGCAAUGACAACGAGCGUUUGAAGCGUGUUCACAACAAUCUACUAGACAUGUUCAAUGAUGUCAAUAGGACUGAUUUUGAGAGCCUCGUGAACGAUGGUCUCGUGAAGGAUCGCGCCGACUUCGUUGAACUGGUUAACCUCGCAGACCGGCUUACUCAACACAAUUGUUCAAAGUCUGGAUUUAAAUGCAUGAAAAUAACAUCAAAAGAUGGAAGUAAAAGGUGUCGCGUCCCAAGAUAUUUAUCCAGUGCAGAACCAAAAUACCUUGAGCACACGCACAUGUACGACGUCGAUACUCAGGAGCGUCUUAUGAAACUUGGCCUCGGGAAAAGACGGUAUCCUCCAGAAUUAGACCACCUGACAGAGCUUCACAAUGACGUAGUGGUGGAACCGACUUUGGUUGGCGGGCGUUAUAAUUAUGCGGGUGAGCCAGGUGUGCGCCGUGUCCCCUCAAAUGGCCGCAUUUUCGCUAUGUUGCGUUCUAUGGUGAACGUGCAAGUCUGCGAUUUGAAGUUUACCACUAGUUACUUGGCGAAAUACGCCGCAGGUGCCGAUGAGAAGCGUGAAGUUGUAAUCACCUCCUCCGGCGACGAUGAUAAUGCAGUCGAUGUCGAGCCGCGCGACCUCUAUCAUGCCAAGAUUUCUGGUUCAAAAAUCGCCCAGAAAGUGAAAAUGCGAGCUGAAAAGGCAAAAGAAGCUUUGUGCAGGGAAAUCACCGCCCCAGAGAUGAUCUGGUUUACUCAUCAACUCCCCUUUGUUGUCUGCUCGGCUGAAUUCGUUCACUGUUCAACACAUGCCCCUGAACACAGGCAAGCAGUGUAUCGAAAACAAGGCGGGUACAUCCAGAAAUUGAUAAACGAGGACGGCACCUUGAAAGCAACCACACUACGAGCUGGCUUUCCAAGUUGGCGACGUUUUACUAGGACUCAAACUCUGCUCAUGAGUGAAAUCGUCAACUCUCCAUACUUCGUUGACAACACAUCUCUCUUUAGCGUGCGGCCUCCUGAGUUGCGCAAGGUGAUGAAGCUUGGCGAUUAUCUCAAGUGGUUCUCUUUCACUCGGGCCAAAGUUAUGACGGUUUCUGAAGAAAUCAGCGAGUGCCCUUGGAUAGAUGGGAGCGGCAAGUUAGUUCGUGUGAGGAAGAGGUAUGUGGACGAUGUUCGUCGUUUUUUUGAAACGUUGGCAAACCAAGCUCACCCUCUGCCUGGAACCAUGGAGAUGCAUGGACUUUUCGAAGCUCUUCAUCAUGAAGUUCUUCAGGGAAGUAACUCGAUUUUCGUAAACCGGUUUGUCGAUAUGACGGCUGACAAGGAUGUGGUAGUGGUCUUUACCUGUAUCGAGCCAACAUCGACACACAAGUUCCUCGUUCAUCUUCUGCUCACCUUGGGGUCAUUUGUGACUGAACUUCAAAUUUUUAGGGGUCCGACCCUGCUGCAUGCUUUUCAAUAUGCCCAACUUAUCGCCGAUGUCAACAAUCCGACGGAAGAAGAGGCCCUGUCUAUCAUCAGACUUUACGUGAUGACUCAGCUGAGCUCCUUACCUUACGGCGUGAAAGCGUUUUCUCGGCAUUUGGGUAUAGCAAUGGAUGCUUUACUCAACUUUUUCUUUACAAGGGGCGUUGAGUACGUCGAAGUUCCACUUGCGUCAUUGAGAGCGAUCAGAGAAGAUGCUACUACGAAAUUACAAGAAAUGGAAGCAGCAAGAGCUCAGACCUUGGCUUCUGUUCUGGAAACAACAGGCAUCAAAAAUUCUCCCACCGCAGCUCUUCUUAGUAGCAUGAGGAAAUUUGAUUUUGUACCAGAAAUUGAACGCCUGCCUGAACAAAGCAGAUCCUCGUAUGCGGAACAGUUGUUGUGCUUGCAUGCUCUAGUGGAUGCAAUCGACCGAUUUGACCGUGUCGGGCCAGUGUUUGUGCCCUGUCCGUUAAUUGUUGGACCACCUGGAGCGGGAAAAACGCAUCUCUUACUGACUGCUUGCGUGUACGCACUUUCAAAAGGCUUGCGUACCAUCAUCACCGCUGCCACUGCCGAGCGGGCCCGCAGUUUGGGCGGAGAGCAUUUACACUUGUUGUUUGCUAUGCCGACUGUUAAAAGCCAAAUCGAAUCGGUGCCUGUGACCGCGCAAAAAUGCCUCUUAAACUUGUGUGCAAGCCCUGUCAAGAUGGCCUACUUAAAAAGAUUGGACGUGCUGGUGAUAGAAGAGAUUGGUCUCUUACCUGCAUCCCUACUUAACAUCAUCGACUUUGUAUUACGACAGUUACGAGAAUCUGCAGCACCAUUCGGAGGUGUUCUGCUGCUCUGCUGCGGUGACCCAUGCCAAUUGAAGCCGGUAAAGGGACGAAGCAUUUGGCUUAUGCCCAACCUUUUCACAAUGUUCAAGGUACUCGGCUUGAAGCAUUUUGUAAGGUCGAGGGGUGAUCCUCAGCUCCAAACCCUUAUCAAGCGCAUCCGAAAGCCGAGGCUUAACGCAGGUGACGUAGAGGAGAGCCUUGCUAUCAUCAGAAACCGCUGUGUACCUCACCAAUUCGUCAACACCUGGCAAGAAGUACCCGAUGAUCAUCAGCGUGUGGUCGGUAAAAAUUCUGCAGUCGAAUACGCAGUCAGUAUCUAUUUGGAACAAAAGAAAGCCACGCCUGGUCUUCGUUACAUCAUAGAACAUGCGCAUGAUGAAAUCGAAGUCAUCGGAGGCAACUGGAUGAAUGCUAGCGCUGCCAUCAGUAAACAACUAGACAAGGAAUGCAAGGAACCACAUGAGAUUCUUCUCUUCUGUCGCCAAAUUGUAAGAUUAACCUACAAUAAUUCAGCACCGACUGCCAGGAUUCCGAAGUUCUCUCAGGGCCAAUUAGCUGUGUUACUAGAGUUGCCCGACCUUAACCUUCCUCGGCAUGCUCAACGGAUCACCAUUAAGCUGGUCCCACCGGGUGUCAGAGUGGUGUCUGUGGAUGCUUUACCUAAUGAGUGGCCGGUCUUCGCUAUUGCACGCAGGUUCACGAUCCCUCAAAAAAUCCAGGUGCACAUGUCUAAGGCCAGGCGCGAACAGUGGCCAUUCACUUAUUUUGUCUGCACCACGGUUCAUCGGAGUAUCGGAGAAACCCUACCAAAAUUGGCAACACAGAUUAGUGAAGACAAUUCCAUGUUCAGACUCUGGGACAAAAAUCAACUCCUUGUCAUCUUAAGUCGAGUUCAGUCUUUGGAUGAUCUGCUAUUUGUUGGUAAUGCUGACGACACUUUGAGGUCAAUGAAGAAACUUAUCGAAGUUGUGGACCCCUGGCAAGCCUUCGUCGAUAAGGUCCUGACCGCUUGUGACAGCAUUCGACAGGGCGAUGGACUCCUACCGCAAACUGUUUCUUAUCCUUCGAUCCUCUCCAGUGUCCCUUCUACCGAGUCUGGAUUUGUGUUUAUGCUCGUAAGCUUGAAGUUUGACUCGUUUGUCAUCGACAACGGACCCAGCUUAAAGGAGGCACUCAGGGAAUACAAUGAUCCCCUGACCCGUUCGGAAACUCGUUCAAGGCGACCGUGGAUUUUAGCAUCGUACACCACUUGCUUCUCGGACAACACUGCGAUCCUUGAUUUCACUAGGGCCUGGAGAGCACGAAUCCAUCGUCAUCACGGUCUUGAGGCAACGUGUCAUCAGGCGUUAGAAACGGGCCGUCUUGUGUUUCAAGAAGAAAAACUAGUUGAAGGUCAACUAAUCAUGCAACAAUGCGUGAAGUUGACGGCUGGUGACUUCUGAGGCUGGUGACAUUGAAAGUGGCGCUGUAUGAGCAGUGCAGCACGUUUGCAAACAGCGUGGAGUUGUCCACGUUUCGUUUCUUGUUUUGGCUGGAGUGGAGAUGUUCGUGGCUUCGUUUGUUUUCGUACCACCUGAUCUUCCGACCUCUGUGGAUUGCGUUACAUGUGCGAGAUGACGGAGAGCGUUCACUCUACAGUGAGUAGUACUUGCUUCAGAUCGCUGUAAUUCUUACCUCUCAAGCGAUUUCCUUCUGUUGCCAAGUUUCAAUAG